UUGAAUGUAAAGAGUGAAUGAAUGGCUGAAGAGCUGUCUGGGUAAUUAUGUGCUUAGAUGGAUAGGAGUUUGGGAAAUAAUUACCACACUUUCUUCCAAAUAAAAGGGGGAGGCUUUGUGGGAAAGGUGGAGUUUCAAGAGGUGGGAGCAAAGGUGCUGGGUGUUUGCAUGAGAAGACAUUCUCUAAACAAGGCACAGUUUUCAAGAAGAUUCUGGGAUGGACUGGGAUGAAAAUAAAGACGACACUGAGGGAAUUUUCUUGUGAGAAAAAGAGGGGUUGGGAAGGACAAAAGAGAGUAUUUAGGGUUGUCAAAUAUUUAUAACCAAUGGGCUCUCUUUAUUCUCGCCAGUGAGUAAUUCUCUUUAGAUGAUAUUCAGUAUAAAGGGUGCUUUAUUGCUUUUCAUCACCCUGUAGUUUAUUUAUACAUUUAUUUUUUAACGUCUCCUGGGAACUCACCAUUACUACUUUCAUUUUAUGGUCCAAUUUAUGGACAUGCUGCACUUGAAUAAAAAUUGUAGGUCUCACUUUUGAAGAGCUGGUUUCUGAGAGGAAGAGGGUGGCUGUGCAUGUGGGCGUGUGAGUGUGCCCAAGGUUAAAUAUUUCUUAACAUUACCUUCCAUUUUUUCUCCCUUGCACAUUAUUCUGCAUAAGUUGUUUGAAAUAUUGCUACUGAGAUCCUGUUCCCUUUGCCACAAUUAGAAGUCACUGGUUUCAGACUCCCAUUCCUUUUGCAGGACAGAAGUCGUCCUUUGCAGGUGUGAGUAUCACGGAAGCGGAGGGAAGCUUUGUUUCUGUCCACUUGUUCUGUGUUCAAUGAAAGUACAAAUUUGGAAAUAACAAUAACUACAUAAAUAUGGCUGAGGCAAACAACGCUUUUUUUGCAGCCAGUGAGCAGACAUUCCAUACGCCAAGUCUUGGGGAUGAGGAGUUUGAAAUUCCCCCGAUCACGCCUCCUCCAGAGUCAGACCCCGCCCUGGGCAUGCCCGAUGUGCUUCUACCCUUUCAAGGCCUCAGCGACCCGUUGCCUUCCCAGGGAAGUGAAUUCACACCCCAGUUUCCUCCUCAAAGCCUGGAUCUUCCUUCCAUUACAAUCUCAAGAAAUCUCGUGGAACAAGAUGGCGUGCUUCAUAGCAGUGGGUUGCAUAUGGAUCAGAGCCACACACAAGUUUCACAGUACCGGCAGGAUCCUUCCUUGAUCAUGAGGUCCAUUGUCCACAUGACGGAUGCUGCUCGCUCUGGGAUCAUGCCUCCUGCCCAGCUCACCACCAUCAACCAGUCUCAGCUCAGCACCCAGUUGGGGUUGAAUUUAGGAGGUGCCAGUGUGCCCCACACAUCUCCUUCACCUCCAGCAAGCAAAUCGGCAACCCCCUCUCCUUCCAGCUCCAUCAAUGAAGAGGAUGCUGAUGAAUCCAACAGGGCCAUUGGAGAGAAAAGAGCUGCUCCAGAUUCUGGCAAGAAGCCCAAGACUCCAAAGAAAAAGAAAAAGAAAGAUCCCAAUGAGCCACAGAAGCCAGUGUCAGCAUAUGCCCUGUUUUUCAGAGACACACAGGCUGCGAUUAAAGGUCAAAACCCCAAUGCAACCUUUGGAGAGGUCUCAAAAAUCGUAGCAUCUAUGUGGGACAGCCUUGGAGAAGAACAAAAGCAGGUAUAUAAAAGGAAAACGGAAGCUGCCAAAAAAGAAUACCUGAAGGCCCUGGCUGCAUACAGGGCCAGCCUCGUUUCUAAGGCUGCCGCUGAAUCAGCAGAAGCCCAGACCAUUCGUUCUGUUCAGCAGACCCUGGCGUCCACCAAUCUGACAUCCUCCCUCCUUCUCAGCCCUCCGCUGUCUCAACAUGGAGCAGUCUCAGCGUCACCUCAGACUCUCCAGCAAUCGCUCCCUAGGUCAAUUGCUCCCAAACCCUUAACCAUGAGACUCCCCAUGAACCAGAUUGUCACAUCAGUCACCAUCGCAGCCAACAUGCCAUCGAACCUUGGGGCUCCGCUCAUCAGCUCCCUGGGAACCACCUUGGUUGGCUCAGCAUCCUCGACCCAAGUGAGCCCUUCAGUGCAAACCCAGCAGCAUCAGAUGCAGCUGCAGCAGCAGCAGCAGCAGCAGCAGCAGAUGCAACAGAUGCAGCAGCAGCAACUCCAGCAGCACCAAAUGCAUCAGCAGAUCCAGCAGCAGAUGCAGCAGCAGCAUUUCCAACACCACAUGCAGCAGCACCUGCAGCAGCAGCAGCAUCUCCAGCAGCAAAUCAGCCAACAGCAGCUGCAGCAGCAGCUGCAGCAGCACAUCCAGCUGCAGCAGCUGCAACAUAUGCAGCAUCAGUCCCAGCCUUCCCCUCGGCAGCACUCCCCCGUCACCUCGCAGAUCACGUCCCCCAUCCCCGCCAUUGGCAGCCCCCAGCCAGCCUCUCAGCAGCACCAGUCGCAAAUACAGUCUCAGACACAGACUCAAGUAUUAUCACAGGUCAGUAUUUUCUGAAGACGCACGUGGCCGACGGAUUCGCGUGUCUCGAGGAGAGAGGCAUAGGAGGGUCAACUCUGCGUGGCUGAUGCCUGUAAGUUGGUGGUGGUUAUGCAGAAAUAUGUAACAGAUCCCACGGUCCUCUCAAGUGUCUAUUAGAUAGGCAAUAAGAACUACAGUAUAGCUGAGUAUCAUCUUUUAGCGACUAAAUCACUUUGUUUUUAAACAAGAAAAGCUGUGCUCUUUUGUGAUGCCUUGUUUAUUUAUUCAGGCUAUACCUACAAUAUGUGAAUCAAACCGUUUCCCGAAUCCUGGGACAUACCGGUGACUAUAAACUGGCCUCUCUGAGUCCUUGAAAAUGGCCUUAUUUCUCCAGAAGUGAAUAAACCACACUUCAAGGCUAUUUGAACUUCCGAAGCCCUCAAAAUAAAAAGCACAGUUGUAACUACCUGAAAUAUGAAGAUCCAGUUUCAUACAAACAUUUGUAUGAUGUGAAUUGUUGAUGGCAUUUUUUUGUCAUAAAAAAAUAAUGUAAAUCACAGACUUUUGCCAAAGCUCUUAUUUUUUUUCUCCUAAAUCUCUCCAGAAAAAAAAAAUGCAAGUGAUUAGAUUCAAUUAUUGACUCAUUUCCACUUUUUACCCAUGACUUCUCCAAAUCGAACCACAGUGUGUGUUGUAACAAUAUCUAUGACCACUGUUAGCCCAUUAUAUUCAUUCCAAUUAGAAGAAAAGAAUGUGAAUAUUAUAUUCUGUGUUUUGAGUGACAAGUUUCGAAAAAUAAAAACACUGUAUUUUUAAAAGGGAAAUGCACUUAAAUGAAAACAGUUAUUACAAAAGUUAAGAUUUAAAAAAAAAAGCAAGAGUUUUUAUUAUGAUGUUAAUGCCGGUGGAAUAUUUAAAAGGCGCACCACAUCGGAAUAAUCAGUGUAAAUAUUUUCUUUCAAAGUUGUAAGUUUUCAUAUUAUGUGUUGUAAAGUUUUCAUAAACGAGGCUUUAACGUAAACACUGGUGACAUAAACCAUUCAUUGCUACGUUGCUUAUUGUGUUUUUAUGCUGUUUUAUACUUUUUUAUGAGUUAUGAUAGCAGCAAUUAAGUUGUUUGUAUUUUGCUUAACUAAAACAAAAAUGCUUUUAUCUUGCUAUAGAAUAAACACAUUUCAGUAAAAACUGUGGACUGUAUUUUGAUGCAACAAUCAGGAAACUGUUCACUUUUCAAAUAAAAUGAUAUGUCAAAUUUCA